UCCAGUCUCCAAGCGUCUAUCGUUUAUGACGCCACGAUGUCUUGCGCCAAUUUUCAAGACUCAAAUUUGAAGCUACCUUUUUGGUUUGUGAUUUGUAAAUGAAAAAUUGUUUGGAACGCGAUUUUUUCAAUGAAUUUUGAUGGGGGGAAAGCACCUUGCUUGUGAAACGUGGGAAAGCCUGAAAGAGUUAUUGAAAUAGAUGCUCUGGGGAUGGAAAGGGCGUGGGUCUGAGUUGAAGGAUUAGUGUUAAAGUGGCGUUCGAUGAGAAAUUAAAGGUGUGUGUUCAGUGGCUUCGAGGAGAAGUAAAGGUUAUACAUCAUCGUUGCAAAAUCAAACGUACCAGUGAGUCCACGGUGAAAUUGAAUGUCGGGCGGUGAUAUGUGAUGUGUUCCUCCUUUCCCGGAUGUGUCCUGUGAUGCCAUGCGGAAAAAUUGAAAUUCGAGAGAGAGAGCUUUAGUGCCGUAGUUAUCAGUGUAUCACGUGAAUGCUUCCUAAAUAUUGAAUUGAAAUCGAUCAUCUCAUAAAUUUGUGAGAAGUGAUUCGAAUUUGAACGCAUAUUUCCGUAGUUCCAAUACUUUGCUGAAAGGAUAAUAUUCGUGUGUACAGAGAUAGUGGAAUUUUACUGUACAUGUAUUCUGUUCAGAAAGUUUUCAAAACAAUUUUUGUGCGAAACGUUGUAUCCUGUGUGAAAUAUCAAAAGGAUUACUAAGGGAUUAUGAAAGGGAUUCUGCAGCUGCCAACAACUAACAUCGAGCUUCAAGGGAUCUAAAUGUCCUGAACGUUGGCGCGUUUCACUACGAAGCACCAGACAAUGCUAAAGGAAUUAUGGACUAGCGCCAGAACGCAAAACUGCUUGAUUUUGGCUACGCCUGACCAACAUAUUCUCCUGAUUCUGCAAAGCGAUUCAUCUCAACAUUGCUUGCGCUAGAUACACUGACAAGUUGACACCAUCACUAACCUCAUCGUCUGUGCAAACACUAAUGGAAACGUUUUUUCACGGGAGAGCUCGGCAUUGAGUCAACUGGAAAGCUAUUGUCAACUAGCUUUGCAAUAAUUUCACCCGAGCGUUAUUAGCAAGAGUAUCGACAACGAAAGCAAGGAGGAACUCAAGCAUCAAGGAAUAUCGUAGGCAGCUACCAUCAUCCCCCACGGCGACAACAGACGCUUGAUUCGGUGCCAAGCUCAAGUCAAAAGGAUUCAAUUCAGCGGGAAGGUUGGUCGGAUAAAGGGGAUGUGACAGACAGGAUCAAGACAAGAACGAAAGAAAUUGAAGCUGCCAGCGAUUAGCACUGAUACAUCCAACUAAUGAACGUUGCCAUCUGCCAUUGUGAUAUGAAAGGAUCUAUGAUGGGGGAUAGAAGAUGAUAUCGAGUCAUCGUCGUCGUGCUGUAUCAUUAGGAGCAUCUCCUGGUUGGGCAUAUUAAUAAGCUGACAUCCUUUUCAUUCACCGACAAAAAGGACAUCAUCUCGAUACAUUGAACAUCAAUUUUACUUAAAACAAGUUCGAAAAUAAGGACCUGCCACUACUCAUUCAUGUUCACGUCCGCCGGGAACAAAAGCGUUCACAACAACGAAGGCGGACCAAUUGAAAUCCUCCCUACACUGACGCUUUCGCUAUUAUGAUAAAAAUGAACAGUCGCCGCCGGGGGUCAUUCUCUUAUCAUCUAAUCCUUGUCACGUUUUUGACAUUUAUAGCAUUUAUGAGUGACAAAUUGACAUCAGCGUGUCCAUCGUUCUGUAUAUGCAAGUGGAAAGGUGGGAAGCAGACGGUGGAAUGCGGUGACCGACUUUUAUCCAGUAUACCAGAAGGAAUGGACGCGGGAACCCAAGUCUUGAACUUUUCAGGGAACAGCCUGCAGGUAUUGCAGAAUGAACGUUUCCUUCGGAUGGAUUUAAUAAAUCUCCAGAAAAUAUUCUUUGCGCGUAAUCAAUUGAUUAAGAUCCAUGAACGGGCCUUUAGGGGUCUGUCGAAUCUAGUCGAGUUGGAUCUCACCGAUAACAUGCUGCAGCAAGUACCAAGCGAAACGUUCCAAGAUUACACAUCACUCAUGCGACUUUCCCUCAGUGGGAACCCAAUUAGAGAAUUAAGAAGUGCAGCCUUUAGAUAUUUAGCAUUUUUAACGACUUUAGAAUUAAGCAAUUGUCAGAUUGAGAAGGUGGAGAAUGAAGCGUUCAUAGGCAUGGACAAUCUCGAAUGGCUGCGGUUGGACGGCAACCGCAUCGCCUUCAUUCAAGGCAGCCACAUCCUUCCGAAAUCACUGCAUGGAAUCAACUUGCAGAGUAACAGAUGGACGUGCGAUUGUAGACUAACAGACGUUCAUGCGUGGCUGAUUAAUUACAAUACGCCUCAGGAAGAGGAACCGCGGUGUCUUGAACCACCACGGCUUAAAGGACAAGUUAUUAAGUCCCUCAAGAAGGACGAAUUGGCCUGUCUACCUGAUAUAGAUCCUAAGUCAGCAUAUACGGAAAUAGUGGAAGGACGGAACAUAUCACUGAUGUGCACUGUCCGUGCGAUUCCCGAAGCGACAGUUCUUUGGCUUUUCAAUGGUCAGGUUCUUAAUAAUGAUACUCUCUUGGAGAAUCUCCAUAUGUAUUACUACAUUGAUGAAUCUGGCGGUGAGGAAAAACGCAGCGAAGUUUUCAUCUACAACGUAGGGCCGGAAGAUAAUGGAACUUUCUCUUGCAUAGGCCGCAAUACAGCAGGAACAAGUUUCAGCAAUUACACAAUACGUGUCCUCAUGAAGGAAAUGCCCAUCGCGAAGGAAGUUUCGUUUUCAAGAAACUACAUGAAUAUAAUCAUAGCUGGUGGUGGUGGUGCCGGUUUCAUAUUUAUCCUUUUACUCUGCACAAUUGUAAUAAAGUGCAGGAAAAAGAGCCCCAAAAAUAAGAGCCGUAAAACAGAUACCGCCACAAGUGAUUCAGGACUUCUAAAAUGCCCGUCUAUAAUAAAUGAGGAGGAUAUGUCCCCAAAGACAUCUAAGGAAAAUGGAAUAAUGAUUGGCGAGGGCUCGAUGAAGCAAAAUUUCAUGAUGUACGUGCCCACAAUGCCCACAGGGCAUAUGAUGGACAAUGGUAGUAUGCAGCUUACUGGGUCAUCCGCUUCAAGUCCUCCACUUAACGCAGGUGAUGCUCAUGGUAUUUCCAGUGGAAAUAUGCCCACACAAUACUGCAGCCCUCCAUCGUCCUUACGAAAUUACCAGGAUAAAAAUCCAGACCUAGUAAACGAUGCAGAAAGUGUAAAGAAUAAAUUGAAAAAUGAUAGUGAAUAUGAAGGAAGUGAUUGUUCUACAGGCCCCUGUAGCAUUCAGGGCACAUUUGAUAAUUGCUACCAAUUGCCAGGACAGUUCGGAUCACAAAUAAUCCGGCCGACAGGUAUCCAAGCACGAUUCGCUCCGCCUCCCAUGUCCACUAUACCUCGAGGCCUCCAUGCGAAAGCAGGAGGUCAGCAUCAGGUGGAUGUGCAUUUGAAUCCUGUAUGUUUCCUAGGGCAAGACGGAUAUGCCUAUGACUAUAGUAAUAACCACAUGCACACAGCGGGACCAGCUGUUCCAAUGAAUCAACAAAAUUUCUACAGAACACUUCCACAUAAUCGCAGUCACAACAAAGUGUUCGCCUCCGCUUCGAAUCCAGGUGCUCGAUAUAGCCUGGAAGCGGAAUUCCUACAACGCACUGGAACACCCACUUAUGACCAAUAUGCAAUGCAAAACAUACGAUUCACGGCCGAAGGGUAUCCUUUACAUCCUGUGAAAUUCCCUUCACCACCUGAAGGUUAUAAAACUAGUGACCAUGUCCUCCUGUCCGGAGAUCCUCUUAACGCUGCACAAUCCGGUUUUCAACAGUGGCCUCCCUGCCUGCCAGGAUACCAUGCGCAACCAAUCCAUUAUUCAGCAUCAGUUCCUCCAACAGGUCAAGUGAUCUGUAGUACGCCAUCAACGGUGAUUUCACGACCUCCAUCCCAGCAAUCGCAAACACAGCCACAACAGCAGUCCUUAGCGCAAUCAACUGCAUCACCCGUUCAAACUGUAGUGACAUCGAGUGCAACGCAAACUCCAACGACCAGUACUUCCACUGCAACAACAGAGGUGAAGAGACGAUGCGUGGGACAACAAACCAAUGAAAUGGAACCAGAAACAAUUCCUGAAGGAGAUGAGGAAGCAGAACAUUCUAAGCUGCGUCAUCUUGCAGGUCCUUUGGCCGAUAGUCCAGAUGAGGGAUAUGUUGGAGAUUCACAGGAAAGUUCAGAUAUAUGACAGAGAAGUUCAAGCCAUACUCAAACGGAACCAAAUGAUGAUUGUGGUAUGGAUGACUCGGUUGCACUAUAAUUUGUUUAUAUCAUAGGUUAACAGCUUUCGGGUUUAGUUAUUGACUUAGUUAUUGGUAACAGUCAUAAGGUCUUCUUAAUUUAUUUCCGAAUUCUGAAGAAACUGAAGUAAUCGGAAGGAUGCAAACUACUACUACUAGAUAAACACACUAGUACUAACUUGGGAUUAAUUAUGGAUUUAGUGCUGGUCUUCAACGUAUCAUGUUCUAAACUGUUCUGUUAGGGUUAUAAGGAGUUACUCAUCUUUACAUAGGCUUUCAGUCUCUAAAUAGUUAGAUAAUCGAUACUUUUCACAUCGCUUAAUCAUUGCAAAUUACGAUGAUUUUAAUGAAUUGACAGAAGGAUAAAAAUAAAAAUUGUGUUUUCGGUAGGUGGCAAGUUACCUUAUGAGAUGCUUACAUGCUUGACUAAAAGACAAAGAAACGCUUUACGUCACAUGUCCAUAUCGAAAUAGGAAUUUAUGGUAUUUCGAACCAAACUUUAGGGUAGAACCUCGUUAAUCCGUAUCGUCAAGGGCCUGACGGUUCGGUACGAAUUAUCAGUAUUACCAAUUAUCAGGAGUACCAAGUAAAGAAAAUUGACUCUGAGGUUCAAAAAAUUAGUACGAAUUAGCCGAGAAUGCGAAUUAUUGAGAUUUAACUGUAUAUCGAUCAGAAAAAUUGUUCGCUUUUUUAAGGCACCGAAAACAUUUUGAAUGUUGGUUUAGGAACUUAGUAUCUAUAGU